AUGGGACAUUCCAUAGAACAUUGUACAACGUUCAAAAAGCUGGUUGAAAGACUAAUAGGCAUGGACGUUGUUAAAUUGGAUGAUUCACCCAAUACGGAGAAUCCUUUACCUAAUCAUAAUGAUAAUGGAGUGAACAUGAUAGGUGGGAACAUGGGUAGAAGAAUCAAGGAAGAUAUCGCAGAAGUGAAAAUUCCUUUGAGAUGGGUCUGGAAGAAGAUGAUAGAAAGGGAGUUGUUUGUUUUGGAUCCGGAGAGAAGCUUUGAAAGGAUGGAAAACUACUGUGACUUCCAUCACGAAGAGGGACAUGAGAUUCAAGAAUGUACAGAACUCAGAGCCUUGGUUCAAGGUAUGAUGGAUGACAAGGAAAUGGAGUUUUAUGAAGAAGUUAAGGAAGAAGGGAGUAUCUGCACAUCCGAAUCCCCGAAGGUUCCAAGAGUAACUCAGCCUGUGGUCGUCAUCUCACGACCAAAGAAUGAUGAAGUGAGAACGCCAGUAAUACCAAGAAUCAUAAUAAAGAAACCUGCAGCCUUUUCUUACCAAUAUAGUAGGAAGGUUCCGUGGAACUACGAGUGCAAUACAAUUAUUCCUGGAAAGGAGAUUACAGAGGAUCAGGGUAGAGGUGCCUAUCUAGAACUUAUGAAAGGAAGGGCCAUAACAGUGGAACAAAAGGGAAAAAUAGUUGAGCCUGUGUUAUCCAUUAACGAGCAAUUGCAUAAACAACCGGCUCGCAUAUCUGUACUGGCCUUACUCUUGAAUUCAGAAGUACACCGUAAUGCGUUGAUGAAGGUGUUGAACGAAACCAAUGUAGCCAACGAUAUUUCUAUCCACAAAUUGGAUCGGUUGGUCAACAAUAUCAGUGCUGAUAACUUCAUAUUCUUCAACGAUGAUGAGAUACCACCUGGGGGUAUGGGGUCUACUAAAGCUUUACAUAUUACUACAUCAUGCAAGGGGUAUACUUUACCAGGAGUCUUGAUUGACAAUGGAUCAAUAUUGAACGUGUUGCCAUUAUCCACACUUAAUAGGCUUCCCAUAGAUAACUUGCACAUGAAGACUUGCCUAAAUAUAGUGAGGGAAUUUGACGGUACAGAAAGGAAGGUCAUGGGAAGAAUUAAGAUACCCCUACUAAUCGGCCCAAUAGUUUACGAGGUGGAUUUUCUUGUGAUGGACAUCAAACCCUCCUACAAUUGCUUAUUAGAGAGACCAUGGAUACAUUCGACGGGGGUUGUACCUUUAUCAUUACAUCAGAAGUUGAAGUUAGUGUCAGAAGGUCGGCUGGUGACAAUAAACACCGAAGAGGAUAUUAUAGCGGCUGUAUCCAAUGAGGCGCCAUAUGUGGAGACUAAUGAUAAGUCGAUGGAAUGCUCAUUCCGAUCUCUGGAGUUUGUAAAUGCAACAUUUGUUCCUGAAGGGAGCAAAAUUAUGGUGCCUAAAAUAUCCAAAACUACAGAGAUGGGUUUGCAAUUGUUGGUAGGGAAAGGAGCUUUACCCAGAAGAGGAUUAGGGAAAUACCUUCAAGGGAAAAUUAAGGUUCCAGUGCUGAAAAAAAAACAAGACAACUUUGGCUUAGGGUACAAGCCAGAUAGAGGACAGAGAAAGAAGGAGUUAGAAAGAAGGCAAGAAAGAAGAAGGGCGCGUUUAAAUGGGAAGGAAAUUAAAUGGGAGCCAAUGAUAAUUCCCCACAUAUCCAAAACCUUCAUAUCUGGAGGGAUCAUUCAUUCUGAGAGAAAGAUACUGAUUGAGGAAAGCAUCGAAGAGACAUUGGAAAAUAUGCACAUCAAUGCCCUAAAUGAGGAUGCAAAUGAAGAGAGGAGCUGGUUCGACAUUUGUCCUUAUGAACCUGGAAGUGUUCUAAAUAAUUGGACUGCGGAAGAAAUACCUGAAGUCUUUAAAACUGUCUCAGAGUAA